AUGACGUCGCCCGCUUCGCCCCGUCUCCCCAGCCCCCCGCCCAUUCCAGAAGACCAGCUUUCCCCAGUAUCAGCGUCGCCAGAGCAACAGAAGCUGUUUAGCAACCUCGACCAUGCCGCGGAACGGAGAAUACGACCAGGAACCAAAGCGGAGAACAUGGCAGAGGGGCCUCCGCUCGUAGAUUUAUCAGAAAUUGACUCGGCCUUCCAACUUACCGAACACCUCAAAGCGCUCCAUAACUCCUUGACGCAUCCCGCCGAUUCGAAUGGGAUCGUGCCAGUGGACAGAAGCAUGGCACUCAAGAUUGCGCAAUCACCAACCAAUGUAGACAGGACUCUGUGGCUUUACGAGCUCUGCCGUUUCCUCAUACAGAAGGUCAACUCGAUCAUUACUGCCCUCUUCGCAGAUGAUCCACCUUGCUCGUCCUUGACCUGUCCAGAGAUGCGUGCUUCAGAGUGGCAGUAUCUUUGCGCGGUACACGACCCGCCAAAAUCAUGUUGCGCCAUUGACUACUGCUGCCACACUCUCGACUGGGCGGCUAAUACUCUCACAUCACCGAAGCACUUCCCCUCGAGGCUCGCACUGGGCACCGAUCAGUCGACGCAGCAUUCGCAGAUGCGCCAGUUGACCAACAUUUUCAGGCGAGUUUAUAGAAUAUUUGCGCACGCAUGGUACUCGCACCGGGAGGUCUUUUGGAAGGUUGAGGGCCGGACAGGACUAUACAUUUUCUACAAGACGGUCUGCGACGUAUACGGUCUGGUACCGGAAGACAACUACACUAUUCCUCCAGAGGCUGAGGGCAUUGAGCCAUCGACGGAGGCAAAGCCAUCAGCACCACCUCUGAUUAUGAAGCGAGAACCUUCCGAUUCGACAUCACAGAUUUCAGUGAACACGCCGGCUGAGGUAAUAUCAGAUCAUACGCUAUCAACAGCUGGUACUACCAAACGACAUAGGCACUCACCAUCGGUGGGAGCUACCGUGGUUCACACAGUUGUGGAAGAAAACGAGGAGGAAGAAGAGCGCCCGAGCUUACAAUCACGGCCUGUUACUCAGAUCUUCGAAUCGGCACAAGAAGAGGCCGAAGACGAAGAUGGCGACAGCGAUGGAGAUGUCACGGCCAUCGAAGAUAACGAAGAAGACGACGAUGAUGAUGAUGAUGAUGACGAUGAAGAUGAAGACGAUGACGAGGCUGAAUCUGCCGAAGAGAUAACGGCGCCAGAAGCCAAGGACGCCACGGAUGAAGCAGCAAAGAAGGGCGCAGGCGAGGAAAGAGCAUCGGAUACUUCGCCUGAGGAAGAAGAAAAACAAGAUAAAGAUAUCACGACAGAGUCAGCGGCUACCGAGGCAGCUGAGGCCAGCGUUUCGAACGCCCAAGAUACCGAAAAGGAACCAUCUCAGGAUGAUGCUAAAGCUGAGAAGGACGAUAGCAAGCCAGCUACUGCAGACUCGGAGCAGGUGAAGAAGCCUGACUCUGCUGCGAAGCCAAUCGAAGAGGGUCAACCGAAGGCUGAGGAUUGA